ACCUCAGUCCUUCUCUCUUUUCUUCUCAACUCUUAUUAUCUCAUUCCCGGCCACCAGCUUUAAGUAGAAAGAUAUAUCCUUUCCUUUCUAUAUAGUCUGCUAGUCUUUACUUCCCUCUUGCAAGUUGUAAAGCAUGAAAGGAAUGGAUCGCUUCCACUGUUCAUCUUCUGCUUCCACGGCCAUCAUGGAUCAAAGAGCCAUAGUCCGCAGAGCCCACAGAGUCCCCAUCAGCGACCAUGUUCAUGUUUAUGAUCGAAGAAGAAACCAAUCCCAUCUUCCUUUGAUCCCUUGUUCAUUUGAUCAGUUACCAAUUGAUCCGAAGCCACUGUACGAAAAAUGCAGAAGGAGUUUCUCUUCUGCGCAGUGUAGCGAUAGAGAUCAGCUACGUCGGAGAAGCUAUGCUGAGUUCCAUGAGCAAAGGAGGAAGAGUACUUCGUCCAGUUCUUCUCGGUAUCGGACUAGUGACGAUUCCACGGUGCCCUUCAUCGACUGGUUAUCGGAAACUGAUGCAACGUUGGUUCCUUCUGAUCACCAUGUAGCUGCAGCAGCAUCUAACCCUAGAAUGCGCCUGAUCAUGAGAUCGAAUGAUGAACAUCGUCGUCCAUCCCCAGCUCCAUUAAGGUCUUCUUCCACUCGCUCUCGUAACCAGGUUGUGGUUCUGAGGGUGUCAGUGCAUUGCAAAGGAUGUGAAGAGAAACUGAGGAAGCAUCUCUCUAAAAUGGAAGGAGUUACAUCGUUUAGUAUAGAUUUACCAACAAAGAAAGUCACGGUAAUGGGAGACGUGACACCAUUGGGUGUGCUCGCGAGUGUAUCCAAGGUGAAGAAAGCCCAGCUUUGGUCUUCUCCAACAUCUUCAUCACCUUAUUCACCAUCUUCUCGAUGGUCUGCAUGAUAGAUUGCCUGCAAUAAUUAAAUUUGAUAUCUUAUGCCUUCAGUAGCAGCAGCAGCAACCAUGGUGCGAUCGAGCGUGUUUGUAUGAUUAGUUGUCUAAUUCAUUAUUAAUCAAGUUUAAAUUAAUAAUGUUUUCUGUAUUGUAAAUUGAUCUAUGCAAACUCUUUUCAUCUUUUCAAUGGAAUAGGAAUCAUCAAGUCCUUGGUUUGUUUAUGU